GCCAGGCAUGUUCCAGUGCGUGCAGCCGCGCACCGACUGGGCCGCCUCGGACCUCGCCAAUGCCUUCCCCGACAUCCGCGUGCAGCUGUCGGAGCAGACGCGGCUGCUGGAGGCGCGCGCGGAGGCGGCGGCGGGCGCGGCCGGCGAGCUGCACGACUACUGCCGCCGCCGCGCCGAACUCGAGCACGAGUACGCGCGCGCGCUCGACAAGCUCGCCCGUGCCGCCGCCGCCCGCCACCGCGACCCCCGCGCCCCGCCACCGCCCGCCGCGCGCGCCGUCUGGGCUGCCGCGCUCGAGCACACGCGCGCGCUCGCCCGCGACCACGCCGCGCUUGCCGACCUGUACGGCGCCGCGCUCGCCCCGCGCCUGCAGCGCGCCGCCGACGACGUGCUGCGCCUGCACCGCCGCUGCCGUGACGUGCUGCACGAGCGCCACGAGGAGGUCGCCGCCGCGCUGGCGGAGGCGGCGGCCGGCGGCAAGGCGCACGCGGCCGCCGCCGCCGACUGGCGCGCCGCCGCGCUCAAGCUGCGCACGGCGCACGCGGCGCGUGAAGCCCUGGCGGCCGACCCGCCGCGCCACAAGAAGCUCAAGGCGCUGGACAAGGAGCUGGACAAGCGGCGCGCCCGCCACUCGGAGGCGCGCGCGCGGGCGCUGAGGGCGCGCGCCGACUACCAGCUCAGCCUGGAGGCCGCCAACGCCACUCUGCAGCGCUACUACCUCGACGACGUGGCCGACAUCAUGAUGUGCACGGAAGUAGGAUACGAGGCGGUGGUGGGGCGGUCGGCGCGCGCGGCGGGCGGGGCGGAGGCAGCGGCGGGGGCGGCGGCGGCGGGCGCGGCGCAGGCGCUGCUGAGCGCGGCGGACGCGCUGGACGCGCUCGCCGACCGCCAGCGGUUCGUGGCGGCGCACCCGCACGCCUUCUCGCCGCCGCGCCCGCUGCCGUUCGCGGGCGACCCGCCCCCCGACCACGACCGCGCCAUGAGCGAGCUGCUGGCGGGCGCGGCGCCGGACACCGACGACGCCGCCGCCGCCGCGGCCGACGACCUGGCCGCGCGCCUGCGCCAGCUGGAGUCGGCGGCGCGCGCGCUGCGGGCGGAGUGCGCCGAGAACGCCAAGACGCUGGACGCGGCGGAGGCGGAGCUGCUGCGCCUGGUGGAGGGGCCGGCGGCGCAGUGGGAGGUGGCGGGGCUGUUCGGCUCGCGCGCCGCCCCCGCCCCGCCCGCCGCCCCCACCCCCGCGCCCGCCGACGACGACGCGCGCCGCGACCAGGAGGACUACUACCUUCAGAAGUUCCGUGCGUACGUGUCGAGCGCGGGUCGGCUGGCGCGCGUGGAAGCGCGUGCGGCUGCGGCGCGGGGCGGCGGCGGGGCAGGGGCGGGGCGCGCGCGCUCCCCUCCGCGCCGCGCCGCCCGCGCGCGCUCUCACUUCGCCGCGCCGCUGGGGGCGGAGCUGCCUGCCGUGCUGGUGUCGUGCGUGCGAGUGAUCGCGGCGUACGGCGUGCGGCAGCAGGGCGUGUUCCGCGUGUCGGGGUCGGCCAGCGAGACGGCGGCGCUGCGGGCCGCCUACUGCCGCGGCGAGGACCCGCUGGCGGCGGCGCGCGGCCCGCCCGACGUCAACGCCGUGUGCGGCUUGCUCAAGCAGUACGUGCGCGAGCUGCGGCCGCCGCUGCUGCCGCCGCGCCUGCAGGAGCCGCUGUGCCGCUGCGCCGCACUGCCGCAGCCGCAGUUCGCGAGGCGCGUGCGCGAGCUGCUGGGCGGGCUGCCGCCGGGUGCGCUGCUGGCACUGCGCUACCUGUUCGCGUUCUUGGCGCACCUGGCGGAGCACGCGUCGACCACGAUGAUGGACGCGUGGAACCUGGCCAUCUGCCUGGGGCCGACGCUGAUGGCGGCGUGGGGCGAGGGCGGCGCGCAGGUGCACGCGCAGAACCUCGUCAACGAGCUGGUGAAGCGCACCAUCGAGCACCACCUGGAGAUCUUCCCGCAGGACGUCGCGCCGCACGCGCUCUUCGUGCCGCCACCGCCGCCGCCCCACGAGGAAUCUGACGAAGCGGAUGGCGCGGACGGCGCGGAGCCGGCAGACGAGGCGGGCGCGGAGAGCGGGGCGGGCGCGGCGGGGGGCGGGGUGGUCGCCGGCAACGGCUGGGACGCCACCGCCGACCUCCAGCGAUACGUCGACGACAACGACGCAGACCUGGCCGCGCUCACCGACACGGACGACGACCCCGACGACAGGGCGAGCGGCGAGGACGAGCAGGUAGCGGUAGUAGCGGUAGUAGCGCGAGUAGCCGCCCCCCGCCCGCGCCCCCAGCUGACGCAGUAGCUAGUGUAGUUAGUCGCUUGUGGCUUGUGGCUUGCGCGGCGCGGGUUAGUAGCGUAGUGUAGACGCGCGUGUGGCCGCCAUUACACCCGCCUGUGUGCAGGAGCCGAGCGCCGCGCCGCCCGCCGUCGCCGCCGCCGUCGCAG